UAUUCUGAAGAGGUACAAACUGAAGUCCCUGUACACGUGGUGCAUUGUGGGAGUUGAACAGUUCCGAGUUUCUACAAAAUAUGGAAUAUUUGGCUUGCUCCAGUGUAAACCAUCUUAAUUUCAAACGAUUGAGUUUUUAAUAUGAUUUACUUUGACACUUACCUAUAACACGACCGUCCUCUGAACCAGACUUGGAAACGGCGACUGAAAUGAGACCCUGUAUUGGAAAUCUAUAUAAUGUGGAAAAUAAAUAUUUUAUAGUGUUUCCUGAUUACGAAGAGAAUAAGGCGUUUCUUAUCGGUGCAACAACUGAAGCAACCAUAAAUCUGCUUGGUGUUACUUCUGCUAAUUAUGAAGUCAGUGUGAUCUGAGCAUAUCAAACAGGACGGAAUAUCAUAAGUGUCAUACGGAAAGUUUACCAGGGUCGCGGGGGAGCUGGAGCCUAUCCCAGCAGCCAGCGGGCGCAAAGCAGGAUACACCUUGGACGAGACACCAGCGCAUCGCGGUGUUGUACAGUACAUUUACUUGUGGGAUUUUUCUGUUAUCACCAAGGACAUGGAAAAUGUUAUGGAUGUAUUUCAGAAAGGCCAAGUUGUAAAAAUAUGCGCCCCAAUGGUACGCUAUUCAAAAGGACAACUGUGAUGAUGGGCAACCACAAACUGGCAGGACAGGUAUAAACAUGAAUGUUCAUAUGCCAUUUCUUCGUUUUCCAAGGCUGGCUUUUAGAUCUCUUGUACGCAAAUAUGACUGUGACCUCUGUUUCACCCCAAUGAUCGUCGCUGCUGACUUCAUGCGAUCUAAUAAGGCUAGAGACAGUGAAUUCACAACAAGUCAAGCUGAUCGCCCUCUGAUUGUGCAGUUUGCUGCCAAGGACUCUCAGACACUCGCUGAUGCUGCCUGCAUAGUCUCUCCUUUCUCUGAUGGAGUGGAUUUGAACUGUGGCUGUCCACAAAGAUGGGCCAUGGCAGACGGAUAUGGUGCUUGCCUGAUAAACAAGCCUGAGCUUGUUCGAGACAUGGUGAGGCAGGUCAGAAACCAAGUGGAAAAUCCCAACUUUUCAGUCUCCAUCAAAAUACGAAUCCAUCGUGAUAUCAGGCUGACGGUUGAUCUGUGCCAGAAGGCAGAGGCAGCUGGUGUUUCCUGGGUCACAGUCCAUGGGCGGACAGCGGACGAACGUCACCAGCCAGUGCACUACGAUGCAAUAAAGACCAUUAAAGACAGCUUGUCUGUCCCUGUAGUUGCCAACGGUGAUAUUAAGAAUCUCAAAGAUGUAGAGUCUACUCGCCAGCUCACGGCGAUUGACGGUGUAAUGGCAGCAAGAGGUUUGCUAGCCAAUCCAGCAAUGUUUGCUGGGUAUGAAGAUACGCCAUUGGAAUGUGUCUGGGACUGGGUGGACAUUGCUUUAGAACACGGAACUCCCUUCACCUGCUUUCAUCACCAUUUAAUGUACAUGAUGGAGAAGAUUACCUCGCAACAAGAAAAGAAAGUUUUUAAUGCUCUGUCUAGCACCUCUGCUGUUCUAGAUUACUUGAAUGAAACUUACGGCUCCGCUCGUGAGAUCGUUUAGGAAUUACAGGGGGAAAAUGUUUUAACCUUUUAAAUGCUGUUUUAAGUGGAGUUUUUUUUUAAAUAAAGUUGUUUUACAUACAA